AUGUCUCUCCUCAAGGCGGUACAGAGAGCAUUCUCAAAGAUGGCGCCGGUUUCUUUGGCUGAAAGCUGGGAUAACACCGGGUUGCUAUUGGAGUCACCAGUGAUCAGACCUUUGGCCAACAAGGUUCUUUUGACGAUCGACUUGACACCAAGCGUUGCCGAAGAAGCAUUAGCAAAAGAUUCGAAUGUUGGCGUUAUCGUGGCCUACCAUCCCACCAUCUUUCGAGGUCUCAAGUCCUUAACGUUGAAGGAUCCCCUCCAAGAAAUCAUUCUGAAAUGUGCAACAGCUGGUAUUAGUGUUUAUUCACCUCACACAGCACUCGACUCGGUGAUAGGAGGAAUCAACGACGAAUUGUGUGAAAUCGUCUCCGGGGAAUCGGCUCAUCAGAACAAAAUAUUUUCAACAUCGGGUGUAAUCGUCGAGAAAACCUCCGAGAAUGUCCUCAAUGGUGUCGGCUUGGGUGGUGGACGCCGGGUUGAAUUCGCACAGGGAAAAGAAGUUGACCUUGAUCAGCUUAUCAGUAGAAUCAAGACAGGCUUAGGGCUCUCGCACGUUCAAUUAGCGAAGUCGAGCUUUGCUUCUCCAACCAUUCGCUCGGUAGGCGUUUGCGCAGGAUCUGGUGGAUCCAUCUGCUCGGCCUUAGGGAAAUCUUGUGACGCUUUCGUGACGGGGGAAAUGUCACACCACGAGUUACUCAGUGCCAACGCGCGUGGAAUUCAUAUCAUUCUUACUGCACAUACGAACACGGAGCGAUUUUUCCUCGCCAAAGUGUUGCAGCCUAGGCUACAUGAACUCCUUGUCGAUGAGGCUGCACACAUGUCUGCGAAUGAGACUCCCCAAUGGACUGUGGAGGUUAGUGCAGCGGAUCGCGAUCCGCUCGUGAUUGUCUAG